AAUCGGAUUAGUGCUGUCGCCCGCGAAGUGUCGCGGGAAUCGCCGAGCUCAGAAACCAAAACAAGGAAAGACAUGGUUCAACAAGUGCUAGCUCGUGUUAAUGUUUAGUUGGAAGCGUUCUGAUGGACUGGAGUUCAUCACUAUGUCUCACAGACUAACUAAAGAGGAACUAGAUGCACAGUUUGAUCAAUUCUUAAGGGAGUCUGUUUCAGAUGACUCAGUGGACAUGGGCAGCUCUCGUCGUCCAUCAAGUGCCAAAAGUGGCCAGAAGUCACCCUCAAAAUCAACAGUGUUAUGGUGGCAAGAUGAAGAGCACAAUAGAGAAGGAACUGGAAGAGAGCAGACAACAAGAAGAUUCUUAAAAUCCAGAAGGCCACCGUCAGAGACUGAUGGUGAUGGACAGUUUUUGAAGGACACAUUAGGGAGGUCUCACUCUAUUCAAGAGGAGGAUGACGAUCCAGGAGGUUUUAUUUUGAAGGAAGAAAACGUGAAAGCAUCUGUUCUCAGCCGAGAAGCCACAAAGGGUGAGACAGAGGAUGUGUGUUCAGACUCAGAGCAGGUUCCAGCAGUCAACAUGAUGGCGGUGGGCAUGGACACUCUGGAAGAAGAAGAAGAGAAAGCUGACUUUUUUGCCCACCUGGAAGCCGGGGCCUCAUCAUCGAUAGAUUAUUCCAAACUGAACAGAGAGCUGGGCGAGACUCUUUCUACCGGCGAAUCUCUCCUCAGGAAAGCAGAGGAAGCAACUGAGCAGAGUGAUGAGGGUUUUAGAAAACCCAGACUCCCAGAGUCUCCCUCUCCAGGUUCUCCCACCUACAGUGAAGACUUUGAAGAUGAGGAAAAAGAGAAAGAGACACAAAAUGAAGAGAAAAAUGAGGACGAGAGGGACGAGGAGAAGCCUGCACUGUCAUCAAUUAUGGCUAAAGUUUCUCUCUUUGAUACCUUGGAUGACACUGGUGGAGAUGAUAGAAGGAAGGACACAGGAGAGUCAUUGGAUAAAAAUGUGUAUAAGCUUCUCAUCUUUUACAAAGCUAAGUUUGUCAUGUCUGUCUGUUUCCUUUUCCUGUUGUCUGCUUUGUGGAGUAAUCAGUCUGAUCACACUCACCUGUUGGUAAUUAGCUUCAUUUGUGUCACCUGGUGCUCCCUGUGCCUAUACCCCUCUCCCUCACUCUGUCCUGGUUGGAUCAUUGUUCAGUUCGUUCUGUCAGGCUGUUUGUGUUCUGUAGCAGUUCAUGAGUUUCCUGUUCUGUUUCCUCGUGUUCCGUGUUACAAAGGGAAUUGCAUGCCUGGUAACGUGCACGUGAAGAGUGGAGGCUCAGACGCUGAGGCUCUUCAUGAGGCCUACAGACAGAUCCACGUGGUGGAGACUUCUGAUGACUUUGGUCACUACCAACACACUUCAUCUGCGGAAGGACGAGGGAAGAUGCACGAUUCCAGGUCUCCAGCUCCUCCUUAUCAUCAGGACAGACAGUCGCUGCAGCAGGGUUCAACCAAUGAAUCAGAUCUACCCACUGCUGAGGAGCUGAUGAGGCCCAUUCGAAUCGAUGAAGAUCAUAUAAGAGGCUUCACCCUUCAGCCUGUCAGUGCUGGAGAACAAGCAAUCCAAGGAAAACCUUUCAGUGAUGGAACAUACACAAAGCCAAUGCUGAAGCUGGCAGGAAAAGAAGGAAAUGCUGCAAGGUUAACAAACAUUAAGGAUCUGACCCACCAUCCGUCUGACCCACAAAACCUUCUCAGUAACGAGCCAAUGUUUAGCAUCAGAGAGGAAGUAGAGAAGCUGAUGGAGGAUCACAAGAAGGCUUUCUCAUUGAAGUCAUCUCAGACCCAGAAAUCUAAGAAACAGAUGACCUCCCGCGUUCCUACCAAUUCUCGUCCUGCUUUGUCAUCAGUGAGGAAACCCAGUGUGAUUCCAUCAAGAGGGAAUGCUGUAGAGAAGAGAACAUCCUCCAGAUGGUCAUACAUUAGCAGAGGUGCUGCCACAACUAGACCUUCUUCUGUGCAGCAACCACUGAAACCCAAACCAACAAAGAACCAAGAAAAGGAAAAUCACACAGGUCAGAGCAGUGAGCUGGUGUCUUCUGUUCAGUCUUUAGUGACUGUCCUCCAACAGCAGAUGGGAGACAGCAGUCCGCAGAACAAAACUGUCCCACAUUAUUAUCCUCCAGAAAUUACUAGGGAGGAUGAGAGCUCUCUAGUGACACAUCUGAGACUGCAGCUGUCUGAGAAAGAACACGAGCUGCAGUUCAUGACAGCAGCAGCAGAGGAGGUCCAUUCACUCCGACAACAAAUGUACCUCCUGCAGAGCAAGCUCAGAAGUGCAGAGGAAGUCAGUCAGACGAAUAGAUGGGCUGAGGCUACAGACUCCACGACAGAGGCGACACUCAAACAGAUGGAAAAAGAACUGAAGGAGCAGGAGACACUAAUAAAGGGCUACCAACAGGAGAAUGAGAAACUCUACUUGGAGGUGAAAGAUCAGAAGGCAAAGACCAAAGCCAACCACGAGGCCAUGUUUAGGGAAAACCAGCACCUGCUGAGUGAACUGAAUUAUCUAAAAGAACAUCAGAGUAACAUCACUAGACUUGUCGGAAAUACACAAUUGAAGGAUCACGCUCAACGCAUGGCAGACCUGCUGGCUCAAAUUCAGACUUUACAGAGGAAUGAGGCUUUGCUGUCUGAAGAGCUUCACAGACUGAAGCAGGAGAAGCAGGCUCUGGAUGUUGACCUGCAGCUGAUGAAGAAAGAGAGAGACCUGGCUAUAGCUCAGGUCAUCUCCUCUACAGGUGAUAGGAGCUACGCGGUGCAAAUAUUGGAGGACACACACAGUGGGGAAGUGUCUGCUCUGAGGAAAAAGCUGCAGUGGUUUACUGACAACCAGGAGCUUCAGGACAGAGAUGCAGCCAGACUGGGAGCAGCGGCUGCAGAGAUACAGCAGCUCAAAGAGCAGGUAGAAAAACUAAAGCUUGAGGUCAGUAAAAAUAGCAGCCAGCAGCAGAGGAAAGCAAAGGAAAAAGCUUUGGACUUGAGGAAGAUGCACGACCUACAGCGACAGGUGAAGGAACUGGAGCAUAUACUCAGGAGUAGAAAUCCUAACUCCCUGCCUGCUCUCAUCUAUGCUGCAGCCAAGGCUGAAAAUGAGGAGGAGGCUGCAUCUCAAACCAAAAAGGUCACUGAUCUGCUGGAGCACAGGAUACAGUGUCUAGAAGCUGAGCUGGAGAGUCAUGAUGAGGAGGCCAAACGCAAUUUAAGAGCAAUGGAGCAACGAUUCCACAAUGUCAAGGUUUGCUACGAGCAGCAGAUACUGAAGAUGGAGCAGAAAUUGCUGCAGAAACAGCAGGUUGGAGUUCCAAUCCCAGCAGCUGAGGAGAAGGUGCUUGUUAAAAGUCUGGAGGCAGAGCUGCAGCAAAUAAGGGAGAGUCACAUGGAGAAAGAGAAAAUCCUCCAGGAGCAGAUAAAGUCUCUGCAGCAACAAAUCAAAAGCAGGGCUCAGAGUCCAAGUAGACAUCAGCGCCAAGCCGAGGUAGCCUUCGGAGUUAGGAUAGAACGCAUGAGCCAGGAGCUCUCCACCAAAACACGGACCAUCCAGGAGCUGAGCCGAACUGUGGAGAGAUUGCAGAGGGAGAGAAGGUACAUGCUGUCUGCCCCCCACCCUCGAAAAGAGGUCAAGUGUACAGAGAACAAACAACAACAUGCUACACCCAGCAAGACAACAACUGUCUCCAGCACACAAACGUGUAGAGAAACAUUUCCAGCUGCUCAUGAUGAAAGGAUCUACCAGCCCACAGUCUAUGCAGGGAGUCAUAUCUCAGAGGUUCUGCAGGAGAACACUGCUCUGAUACAGCGUCUCAAGAUGCUAGAGGAGGAGCAGGAGCAGGAGAAGGAGGCCUUACAGGCUGAUGCUGCCAAAGCCAGGGAGGAGCUGCACAGACACCAGGAAUGUGCUGCUGAGCAGAUCUCUUCUCUGAAGGCCCAACAUCUUAGGGAGUUGGACCAACAGCGUGCCACUCAUGCCCUAGAACACUCGUCCUCAAAGGUCGCAGAACAGGCGAAUUGGAUCGACACUCAGAAGAUUCAACUGAAACAUCUGCAGGAGCAACUAAAGGAGCUGCAGGGAACCAAAGAUGCUCUAGCUCUUUCCAUGACCCGAGAGAGUGUCCUGGAGAAGCAGCUGAUGAGACUGUUUAAAGAACUACAAGAAGCUAAAGAUGCUCAGAGCACAGAGGUGAAGCUGCUCUGUAGUCUGGAGAAGAAGGUGGUCAACCUGGAGCUCAGGCACCAACACAGAGAAACUUUGAUAAACCAGAGGAUCAGUGGCUCUUGGCAGAUGCUGGAGUCCAGCCCACAGUCAGCUGAGGUGGAACGAUGGAAAAGUGUGGCUCAGGAAAAGUGCAAAGAGAUUGAGACGUUCCGUCUGGAGCUGGACUCCAUCCUGGACAUUAUCAGACACCUCCAGAGACAGGGUGUGGUUUUCCCUCCUCCAGGUCAAUCUCAUUAAGGCCAGUUUGUGAACACUUUUUUACGUAAAAUCAAUAAUCAGUAGCCAUAAAAUCUGCAGGGAAAAACAAUCUCUUGAAAAAAUUAUGGUUGUAAAGAAAAUGUGUAGAUUUUUUUAUUCACUUUUGCAUUGAUUUAAAUUAAAUUAUUAGACUAUUUGUUGUCAUAAAAAAUAAAUAUUUUUACAUUAUUUUAUAGUAAAAAAUAAUGUUCCUGUACAACAUGUGACGUUAUCAAUGCUUUGACUCACAAAUACAAUUCCUGUUUAUUUUAACAAACUUUAUGCUACACAUCUUUAAUUUGUAUUGAGUGAGAUGGUCUACUACAAACAUUCAAUACAAGUACAUUUAAAUCAUUUGGUUCAAUAUUUUAGUUACCUGUUAAUUAGCCAACAGGUAAGUGACCGGCUGCAUUUUUUUAAUUGAAAAUCUGGCCCAAAACUGAAUAGAGUGAAAAAUUAAAUGAUCCAGUGAUGCAAAGAACCCAGGGUAAAUAAUGCAAGUAGCUUUAUAAUGAGUUUGAAAAUAACUGCACAGUUGAGAUUACAAAUCCAUUUUAAUAACAAACAUUAAUAGCUAUAAGAAUAUGCGUCCUCUUCUCUUUCUGUGUUUGCAUAAACAUUUGAAUUUGUAGUCGUUCAACUAAAAUCUUACAAUGAAACAAAUUAAAACAACAGAUAAAUAUAGUUUUGUCCAUUAUCCUCAGGAUCCAAAGGUUGUUUAUGCAUAGAAACACAAAAUGGCUUUUAUGUUAUUUCCACAUACACAAGUUCAUAAAUAUAAUUUCAAACUCUUGUUAAUCAUCCACUAUUCCUUAAUAUUUUUUUUUGUGUCCAGCUAUGACUGGUUUUGUUAGGCCAUGAGGAUCCCCCUCCCCCUCACACUCCCUCUGCCGUUUUCUGUGUGGCACUGUAUAGUAUAAAC